AUGGUGUUAGUAGGUGAUGCAUUCAGCCGAAUUGUGUUCACCGCCGUAAUUCUCAGGUUCGACGAUGGAGCUACAGAGUGCCCAGUUUGCCUACAAAUCUACAGCAGCGAAAAAAUCAAAGAAGAAGAUGAAGAAGAAAGAUCAGUAGUACCUCGAGUACUCUCAUGUGGUCACUCAGCAUGCGAAUCCUGUCUUUCCCGAUUACCUCAACGUUACUCAAAUACAAUUCGAUGUCCUGCUUGUACACAACUUGUCCAUUUCCCUCCUCAAGGCCCUUCUUCACUUCCCAAAAACAUUGAUCUUCUCUCUUUCAUUGAGCAACAUAACAAAACCCCUAAUCCUUCUUCUUCUUCGACAACAAAUUCACAGGUUAGGAAACAACAUGAUUUCAUACCUGGUUUGUUAUGGUCUGAUGAUGAAGAAUUUUAUUCUAAUUGGAAGGAUUGGAUUCUGCCGAAUGAUCUUUUAUCAAUCAAGGAAGAGGAAAAUUGUAAAUUGGGGAAUGAAGAUUUUCUGUCUUUAUCAUUAUACCAAGCUAGGGUUUCAAAUCCUUUGAAAAGGUGGUGUUUUGAUUUCAGAACGGGUCAAACGGUUAGUCUUCUUCAUGUUGUUUCUUCUUCAUUUGAUGCAUCUGUGAAUGAUAAAAAGAUUGGUGUUUGUAAAUUGGGUAUUAAUCUCAGUUAUAAUGCUAGAGUAAUGGAAGCUUUGAAGAGAUUGAGAGAGGAAGAGAGAGCUGAAUUGAGUUUGAUUUUGAGUGCAUCAUUUAGACAGUUACGAGUUUGUAAGGUUUAUGGGUUGUGGAUGAAUUCAAAUGAUGGUUCUGUUUUCUUGGUUUGUCAGCAUUUUGAUAAUCAUUUAACUAACAAAUUGUUGUGUUUGAGGGAAACUUCUAUUAGUGGGGAUGAGGAAAGCAAGGAUGAGACAAUCUGGAAUGUGGAUAUGAAUGAGGAGACGAUGUCCGGUUUUGCUUUAGUGGGUAUGGAUUUAUGUGAAGCUUUAAUUGGCUUGCAUUAUGAAGGAGUGGUUUGUGGGUGUUUGGCAUUGUCUUGCUUUCCUUACGACCGUUUUGGCCACCUUUGCAUUGACCCAAAUGAGGUAUUGGUGAUGGGAAGGAGAGUUCAGAAAGGGAUUGCUGAAAUUGUUGCAACUUCUUCUAUCAAUGGAGUAAAUAGUGAUGAAUUAUUAAUACAAACACAAGCAAGCUUUGAUAGUGGUCAAGCAUUUGUGAGCCCAGAGGUACUACUUAGAUUGUUCAACAGCAAGGGCAUCGUUGCCCCUGACAUGGAUAGCUUAGGAUAUUCAGUUGGUUAUGGCUCUGAUGUUUGGUCCCUUGCUUGUACAUUGAUUUUGCUUCUUCUUGGAGAUUCAGUCGCUGAAGGUUUGUUCCAAGACUUGUACCACCAUCUCCCAAAUUCCAAGAAAGAAAACUGUGAUAAACUCUUGGGUGUGUACAAUGAUUGGAUGGAAAGGACGAGCAGUAAGUUGGGAUCUACAUUGUCUACAAAAUAUGCAUCUUUGCAUCAAAUUCUUCAUAGAUGUUUGGAAUUUAAUCCAGGGGUUCGCCCUCAGGUCAUAGAUGUGUUGAUGUGCAUCAGAGAAUUGAUUAGCAGACCUCGUGUUGAUAUCUCAGUCAACCUAGUAGAUGUUGUAGAUGUUGAGACUGUUCAUUGCUUAACUCUUGGGUUUCUUUGCGAUUCGCUGAAGGAAGUUGGUAAAGAGUUAGAAACCCAGGAGAAUGGAUAUGAAGUGUGCGAGGUUAAUCAAGGUGGAGUUGAAUUUGGUCAAGUCAGGGAUGGAACAUGUGAAAGAGAUGCUGUUAAGGGCAUGUGUAUAGGGAAACUCAAAGCUAUCAACUUGCAGGGUCACAUUGACUGCAUCACUGGGUUCGCUGUUGGAGGUGGUUUUCUCUUUAGCACCUCCUUCGACAAAACAGUCAAUGUAUGGUCUUUGCAGAACUUUUCUCAUAUGCAAUCACUUAAAGGUCACGAGCAUAGAGUCAUGGCCGUUGGCAUACCUCUUGCUCAAGAGUCAUUGAAAAAAUGGUUUGAGCUCAAAGACUGGCGUUAUAGUGGUAUUCACGCCUUGGCAGUCUCUGGGACCGAAUAUCUUUAUACAGGAAGUGGAGACAAGUCUAUCAAAGUGUGGUCGUUACAGGAUUACACCCUUACAUACACUAUGAAUGAUCAUAAUUCUGUCGUGUCUUCCUUAACGGUGUGUGAUGGAGUUCUAUAUAGUGGAAGCUGGGAUGGGACCGUUCGUCUAUGGGCUCUUAGAGAUCAUAGUCCUUUGGCGGUAUUGGGAGAUAAUACUCCUGGAAGUUUGUCGUCUGUUUUGUCACUUUCAGUAGAGCCCCAUAUGCUUGUGGCUUCUUAUGAAAGUGGUUGUGUCAAGGUGUGGCGGGAUGAUGUUCUUUCAAGCUCUAUACAAACUGACACUGGUGCUAAUCUCGCCCUGGUCAUGGAUGGGAGAUGGCUCUUCAUGGGAGGUUGGAAUAAGACGGUCAAUGUUCAGGAGUUGUUAGGUGAUGAUGAGCUUCGUGUGAAUGUUAGACCACUUGGUUCUAUACCUUGUGUUUCUGUUGUUACUGCUCUCGCGUACUGGGAGGGGAAGCUUUAUGUUGGAUUUGCUGAUAGCAUUAUAAAGGUUUACUAUUACGAGCCAUGAAGAACAGUCCUCUGCAUCUUAUAUUUUGAAGCUUCGUAAGUUCAUGGCAUGGGCAUAUGAAUAAUUUGCACUGUCAAGUAUACAAUAAAUGGUUGAAGAGGUGCGUACCAGACUACACACACAUUCCGUGGUAAAUGGAGUAGUGCAUGUAUAUAUUACACAGGUAUAUAUAAUAGGUUCUUGCUUGUUUUGUAUAUUUCUAGUUGGACAUAGUUAUACCUCAAAUACUUGGUUGUACUUCUACAUGGUUAAUUAUUCAUUGCUCUUAACUUUCACUUUCAAAAACAUAAAAAAAUAAAAUAAAAUCGGUGCUAAAAAAUGUACGUGAGGAUGGCUGUCCCAGAGAAGAGGUAGUAUUUUGGAACUCUACUGCGAGCACAUAUUCCACCGCGACUGUAUCAUCCGCUGGAUCAACACCAACUUAUUCAUUAGCUGCCCUGUUUGCCGUGAUGACACCGGCCAUAAGUGCUAUUGCUAACCUUCGUAUUUCUCAACUUUGAAAUUUGUGAUUAAUGAUUAUUCUCUGGUCUGCUCUUUUUUCAGAAAAGUUUUAAACGAAUUUUGGGACUUUGUCAGACAAUUGCAAUUAAAUUCCUAUGUAUACAAGGUUUUGUAAUUUGCUGAUUAA